CCAUAUGCCCCAAUCACAUGCUCUCUCUCUCUCUCUCUCCUUCUCUUUCUCUCUCUGCUUUUUCAAUAUUUGAAAGCUACCAGCGUGAAAAGAAGCAGCACAAGAAAUUAAAAUUAAACAAGAAACGGAACCCCCAAUUAUCUGCUAAUUCGCUGUUUGUUUUCCUGCAUAUCUGCAGACAUUCUACAGAUUUUUGCAGAGCUAGCUGUUCGUUUUUUUUUCUGUUCUUCCUCAACUCUUAAACCCCAAACGCUUCCCUGGGAUUCCAUUUUGUUUGUUUUCUCCCAACGCUGCAGAUUAAACUCGAUUUUGGUUUUUUUAAUUCUGGUCAAAGAUGGCGCUUUGACCAGUGGACGGAUUUGGAAAUAGGACAUUAGGAUGGAAAGAAGAAAAUGGCCAUGGAAGAGGAAGUCAUCUGAUAAGAGCCCGGGAGAAACCGAAAGUUCUGGUUCAAUGUCAUCAUAUUCUGAGAGAUAUUCCGACGAGCAGGAUGCAGCCAAGUCGUCUCCUAAUCACGAGACUCAAUCGCCAGAAGUAACGUCAAAAGCAGUAUGUAAGGAGGACAUUGAUGAUGAUUCACCGAAACAAGAAGAUACCAAUGAUAGUGUGAAAAAUCUCAGCGAGAGGUUAUCAGCUGCUCUUUUGAAUGUGAGGGCAAAAGAAGACUUGGUAAAGCAGCAUGCUAAAGUUGCUGAAGAAGCUAUUGCAGGCUGGGAAAAGGCGGAAAAUGAAGUCGGACUUAUAAAACAGCAGCUCGGGACUACAGUUCAGCAGAAGUCAGCAUUGGAAGAUCGAGUGAGCCACCUUGAUGGGGCCCUCAAAGAAUGUGUUAGGCAACUUAGGCAAGCAAGGGAGGAGCAAGAGCAGAAGGUUCGUGACGCUGUGGAGGAAAAAACCCGUGAUUGGGAGUCCACGAAGGCGGAACUCGAGAGGCAACUCCUUGAGCUUCGGAGCAAAGCAGAUGCUGCUCAAUCUGAAUCUCCUAAAGCUGAUCCUAGCCUUGGCAAGAAGCUUGAGUCAUUGAAAAGAGAGAAUGCAGCCCUCAGGCAUGAGCUCCAUUCUCAAUAUAGGGAGUUGGAAGCCAGGACAAUUGAGAGGGAUUUGAGUACACAAACAGCUGAAACAGCCAGUAAGCAGCAUCUUGAGAGCAUAAAGAAAAUGGCCAAGCUCGAAGCCGAGUGUCGUAGGUUAAGAGUAAUGUCGUCCAAACCAUCCUUGGUUAAUGAUCAUAAAUCCAUAGCUGCUUCGAUAAUCUCUAUCGACUCACUUACCGACACUCAAUCAGACAAUGGGGAGCAGCUUAGCGUAGUAGAUAUUGAUACAAGAAGGACUGAACGAAACAAAUGCGAGCCUAGUUGCUCAGACUCAUGGGCGUCGACCUUAAACCCUGUUGGCAGUAAUCUUCCUUCUUCUCUUGAACUUGAUCUCAUGGAUGAUUUUCUUGAGAUGGAGAGGCUUGCUUCGUUACCCGAACCUGAUAAUGGAAAGCGUUGCCAAGAAUCAGAAGCUUCUGCUCAUCCAACUACUGAAGAAAGUUCCAUGAGAACUGAGCUCGAGACCUUGCAGCAUGAGAGAUCUGAAAUGGAAGAGAAGCUGUGCAAUAUGGAAGGAGCAAAGAUUGAACUGGAAGAGAAGCUAAAACAAAUGGAAAUAGAGAAGGAUGUAAUGGAGGAAAGGUUAGAGAUGAUGGAAAUAGAGAGAGCUGAAGUGAACCGGACGUUGGCAAAGACAGAGACAGAGAAAUCGGAAUUGGGGCAGAAGUUAGUGAAGAUGGAAGCAGAGAGAGUUGAAAUGGGAGAGAAAUUACUGGAGUUGGAGGCAGAGAGAGCUGAAAUGGAGGCAGCUUUAAGCCAGAGUCAGAACUUUGUUGACAUUUCAAAAAUUCAACUCAAGGAAACAGAAAUGGAAUUGGAGAAGUUGCAGAAUGAGCUCACCAUUGCGAAUGAAUCAAAGCUCAGAAUUGAGUCUCAACUCAUCAGCAUGGAAGCAGAAGUUCUGACCAUGUCUGCAAAGGUUGGCAUGUUGGAAUCUGAUAUUCAGAAAGAGAGAGCUUCAGCAUUGGCAAUGACAGUCAAGUGCCAGGAACUAGAAGAAGAGCUUUCAAGAAUUAAACAGGAUGAAAAACUAUCACAAAGUGAAAGCUCCAAAAAUGAAUUGAAGAUAAAGCAGGAGGAUCUAGCUGUAGCUGCUGGGAAACUUGCUGAGUGUCAGAAGACAAUAGCCUCUCUUGGGAAUCAGCUUAAAUCUCUAGCAGCACUGGAAGAUUUUCUGAUAGACACGACACAGCUACCGGAGUUCACCAUUGGUGAGGAGCAAUGCCAGCAUCAGAACGGGACGCAUUCUCCCAAAAGAGAUUCAGACUAUUCAAAAGUAGUUGAUGACAAUUCUGAACCAUCAAUGAGUAAGAAUGAAGACGACUCGCCCCCGUCUUCGUCUUCAUCAACAUCAUCGAUCACGAAUCAUGUCGUCAAUUCUGAGAAAAACCGAAAUGGUUUUGCAAAAUUUUUCUCUAGAACCAAGAGUGGGAUAAAGCUAGAAAUUUAGUCAGGAAUGCAAAUGGUGUUUAAAGACAAUGAUGGUACAGUAAAACAAAAAUAGUGACUUUAUUAAACAGCUUAGUUCUUGUGCAUCUUGAAUUUGCUGAUAAAAUGCUGUUUUAUUGCAGAUGAGUGUUUUCAAUCUUCA